CCAAUUCGGAAAAGUCUUCGUCGCGUGUCAUAGAAUAAAAGCUGAACUAUCGUUUUGUCAAAUAUUUAGAAUAUAAAAUUGUAUUAUUUUAUAUUUAUUUGUAAAUGUGUUUGUGAGUUAUAAAUAUUAUAACAUGUCAGACAGUGAAGAUACUGAUAUAUCUGAAACGACAACUAGAUAUCCAACAAUUGUAACUAAAGAAUGGCUCGAAAAUCUCAUCAUAAUACACCUUCAUUGUCAGGAUCCGUCUUCUUCUCACUCUUCUACUGCUACAAUUGAUGAUUUUGAAAUAAAUCCUGGAUGUAUAGCAGGAGAAAGUGUUCUAAGUGAUAUUCUAGCUGUUAAAAUAAAUUAUACGCUUAACCAAGAGAAAAAUCAGCUGAAUGUCAUCGUCAAACUCCUUCCUCAUGAUCCUUUUAGUCGAUUUUUUGUGACUGAAGCUCAAUUUCAUUUACGAGAAAUAAAAUUUUACACACAGGUUGUUGCAGAUUUAAAAAAUUUCCAAGUUACUCAAUUAGGAACUAGUACAGAUUUACCAAUUCCAAAAUUAAUACAUGCACAUUAUAAACCGGCAGGAGAUACUGAGGAUUCUACUACUACAACAACUCCAGAACCUCCAGAAUCAUUUCUUGUUCUUGAAAAUCUUUGCACUCAAGGUUUCAAAGGAGCUCCAUUUUCUCGUGGUUUAACUUUACGUCAAACAAAAGCAGCAAUUAGAGCUAUCGGAUACAUCCAUGCAUUAUCAUUGGCUUUUAGAGUCAAAGAUUCAAAACCGUUAUCUGAGAGAUACCCAUUUCUGUUUCAAACAGCUCGUGCUACAGAUUCAUAUCAACAAUUAGUAGAACGAGGACUACCUCAACUGGCUCGAUUUCUCGAAAGGCGUCAAGGAUUAGAGGAUAUUUUAAAAGCUUUAUUAGCUUUACGAAAAAAAACGAAAGAAAUAAUAUCUUCCCUUCUAGCUCCUAAAGAUUGUCCUGUAUCACUUAUAACCCACACAGAUUUUUGGUGCAAUAAUUUGCUUUUCAAAGAAAAAUUUACUAAUACGGAUGAUAACGAUGAUAACAAUGAUCAAGAUAAUGGCGAUGACGAUGAUAAUAACGACAAUGAUAAUGAUAAUAACACAUGUGAAUGUGCUAUUCUUGAUUGGCAAAUGAUUACUCAUUCUAGACCAACAAAUGAUAUCGCAUUGUUAAUUAUAAGUUCAGUGCCAACUAAACUACGAAGACAUUAUACAUACAUUUUAUUAGAUAAAUAUUGGUCAACUUUAACUAAAACAUGUCAAAAGCUUGGCCUUGAUAUUUAUGAAGAAUUAAAUUAUUCGCGCCAAGAUUUAGAUAAAGAUUACCGUAAAUCACAAUUAUUAGCUCUUUUACUUUGUAUUGGAUCAGUUGAUGUUGCACUCGGUGAUCCACUUACCGAACAAAGACUAAUUGAUCUUUUACAAGAUUUAUAUAAUGAUGGAAUAUUAACAUUUGAAACUGCUUUUGAACAGCAAUAAUUAUUUAGUACAAUUAUUUUUAAUCAUUAUAAUCAUUGUCAUUAUUAUUACGAUUCAAACUAUCUUACUUGUCGAGUGU